CUAUUUUUCUUUUUUCCUGUCAUUGCACAAGCACCUUCUCCACCAAAAGCGGGUUCUGGUAUUCCACAAAACUUCACCAUUGUUAUUGGAAUCCUCUCCAUCAUGUUCUCCAUGGUCUUCAUCCUUGUUGUUUAUGCAAAAUUCUGUCACCCGACUUCCCAUUUUCGUGGCGAACCGCAAGCUCAUCUCGGGCAUGGACUUCUCAGAUCAGACUCAAGAUUUUCUGGGGUUGAUCAAAAGGUGAUUGAUGCACUUCCUUUCUUUAGAUUCUCAUCACUCAAAGGAUCAAGGGAAGGGCUGGAAUGUGCUGUUUGCUUAUCCAAAUUUGAGGACAUUGAAGUCCUUCGGUUGCUUCCGAAAUGCAAGCAUGCCUUUCACAUUGGCUGUAUUGACCAUUGGCUCGAAAAGCACUCGAGCUGUCCCAUUUGUCGGUGUAGGAUAGGUGUCGAGGACAUUGCAUUCUUUAAAUCUAACAGUAUAAGACUAAUCAGGAACAACAGCCGGCCAGAGCUGCCACAAGAUUCACGCAUAGAGCUCUUCGUGCAGAGAGAGGAAAAUCAUCAUAACUCUUCAAGGUCCAACAACGGAACCAGCUUCAGGAACAUAGGAAAAGGUAACAAGGAAAAAGAAGUAUUGAUCGAAAAUGAAGCUGGUGAAUGCGAAAGUGAGGAGCGAGUGCUUUUUCACAAGCAUAAACACAAGAUUCUUGUAUCUGACUUUGUUUUCAUGAACAGAUGGAGCAACUUGAGUUCUUCUGACCUUGUGUUCUUGAACACAGAAAUGCUUGGGGUCAUGUCCAGCAAUAGAUUCUCUUCUUUAGAUUCAGAAAGCAUUAGCCAAUCAGCAACAAGAGAAAAAGAAGGCAAAAAGACUUCACAAAUUAAGGAGGAGAUGGAAAUGAAGAGAUCAUUCGAGAGGAGGAUAAGCAUAGCUGAGAAAAAUAGCUUAGUUUCAAUCUCAGGCAUUUCUUCUACAUCAUCAGAUCCUAAUGCAAGUACAUCAAGGACAACAAUUCUUAAUGAAAGAAGAUCUGUCUCAGACACCACUGCUUUUUCAAGAUUUGGUUAUUUUAAUGAGAAUGCAACAAGAGACAGUUCUAUGAUUGAAGCUGAUGCAAAAAGUUUCAGAAUUAGGCAGCUAUGGUUGCCAAUAGCUAGAAGAACAGUGCAAUGGUUUGCCAAUAGGGAACAAAGGUUUCGACUGUCAAAGUACACACAGCAGCCAGAUGCAUAGACAGAAUGAAUUUCAAGGGUUUGUAAUCCUUGUUUAAAAAUAUAGUCAUUUGAUUCGUUUCUAAUCAUUUAAAAUGGAUCUUUUGUUCUUCUCUCUUGGGUGUUGUUACAGAGAUCAGAGGCUGCUGUCUUCUAAUCCAAAAGUUUGAGUUAUUUUGGUGACUUUUCUUAAAUGUAAACACGAACCCCUUUUAGUCAUAAGAUGAUUAAUCUUUUUGUCAUUUUCUUUUAAA